CUCGUGUCUUCCCCUCCUGUUCUCUCCGCCAUUUUUGCCAAGAAAAUAAAGCAAUCAAUCAAAAACGAAAAAGGUGGCGAGAGGGAGAGGGAGAGGAAGGUGCCGGCCCUAGCAAUGGCGGGGUGGUACGAGGAGGCGGCGGGUCUGCUGCUGCGCCGGUCGGCGUUGGCGGAGAUGGCGGUAGAUGUGCUGCUGUGCGCCGUGCCGAUCUGGGCGGCGGUCAUGAUCGGCCUCUUCAUAGGGUGGGCAUGGCGGCCGCGCUGGACCGGGCUGAUCUUCCUCGGUUUCCGCAGCCGUCUCCGGCUCCUCUACGUGCCUCCCGGGCUCGGCGCGCGCCGCCUAUGGCUCGCCUGCACCGCGCUCUCCGCCUUCUCCGUCGCGCCGCAGCUGCUCUCCUCCGCCUUCCGCCGCCAUGGGAAGUACCAGCGCAAGGAUCCCUCGAACGACGACACGGACGCCUGCGGGGAUUCUGGCGCUUGCGCUAACGGCAGGUCAAUUUUUGAGGUCAAGCAUGGUAUUGUCACUGAGAAGGACCUAGAUCACCUCGUGCAGCUUUUAGAUAAUAAGGAGAGUGGGCAUACAACAUGGCAGCAUUUGAUGGAGCGUACCACUUCCAACAUGACGUACAAGGCCUGGAGGCAUGAGCCCGAGGUGGGACCUAUAAUGCAUUGUAGCCAGACCAUUUUCGAGGAUGCUACUCCUGAACUGGUUAGAGAUUUCUUCUGGGAUGAUGAUUUUCGUCUAAAGUGGGACCCCAUGCUUGUGUGCUUCAAAAUUUUGGAUGAGUUCCCUCUGAAUGGAACCACAAUUAUUCACUGGAUUAAAAAGUUCCCUUUCUUCUGCAGUGACCGUGAAUACAUUUUUGGGCGGCGUAUCUGGGAGUCGGGGAAGGCUUACUAUUGUGUUACGAAGGGAAUUCCUUAUCCAUCUUUGCCCAAGAAGGAAAAACCGAGGCGUGUGGAAUUGUACUUCUCGAGUUGGCGUAUUAGACCUGUUCAAUCGCCCAAAAAAGAUGGCCAGCAACACAUGGCAUGUGAAGUAACACUGUUUCACUACGAGGAUAUGGGCAUACCCAAGGAUGUUGCUAAAGUUGGUGUCCGCCACGGCAUGUGGGGUGCUGUUAAAAAGCUGCAGUCCGGCUUUAGAGCAUAUCAGCUAAUGAGAAAAUCAGAAAACAUCCUGUCACGCAGUGCCAUCAUGGCUCGGGUGACCACCAAGACAUGCAUUGCUGGUUCUGAUGGCUCCUUGGAUCAAGGGCCCUUCAGCACAGAACAAGCCAGUACAGAGGACGACAACUCCAGGGCAGUCCAACAUGGUUUCGACUGGAAGUGGGUGGUGGUCGGUGGCGCGGUGGCUGCCGUUUGCGUGCUUAACACCGGAAUUGUAGGGAAGGCCCUCUUACUUGGAGCUGCAAGAAGGCAGGCAAAGAAGUGAUGAGCAUCUACCAGCAUCCACAAAGUGAGCUUCACGACCAUCAGGGCCUGUCUCUGUCUAGAAAGUCGCAAUCGAGACCGAGGAUAAAGGAAUGAAAUCCAUACCAUACUACAGGAUGCAGAUAAUUCGGGUGCCUAAUUUUGGAUUGUGCCUUUUAAGCAGUAUAUCGCAAAUGUGUCUUGCUAUAACCGAUUAUGUGGUAUCAGGAAUCGUUAGAUGACGAUGUAUCUCAAGAUGUGAGUUCUGUUAACAACAUUUGCUAACUUCCAAGUUCCAAGAGUGCACUUUUCAGCUUUGUA